AACCAUUCUGAGAGCUUCCUCACACUGAAAGCUAUCGAGGCAUUAUGCCACGUUCAACACCUAGACGAGAAAUAGGAAACUCGGACAUGUCCGACUUGCUAACUGGUUGAACGCAGCACGUGUAUAACUACAACUCGUUAGCAAGUCUGAAAUGUUURGUCGUUCCGACCUGCACUUGAACGUGGCAUUAGGACCUCUGUAUCCUGUAGUUCUGUGUCGUAGAAGUGACACGCUAACCAUAUGAUGCUAGGCUAGCUGAUGACAGCCUUGCCGCUUGGUAUUGGUGAGAGGCUGUAGUCAGUGUGUGUAGCUAAAAGCCAGCUAGCCACAGACAGACAAGGAACAACGCUAGCAAGUCUGAUCAUUGUAUUUUUUUGCAAAAGGACACAACCAACGUUAUCUGGGUCGCUGUCUUGCUAACGUCAGCACGCUCGGGUAGUCAACAAGCAAGUAAAAAGUAGCGUAGCUAGUCACCUAGGUGAACAGACCACGGCAUUAAAGAUGAAUGGCAUAAUGAAGAACGAGGGAAUAGCGGGCACGGAGAGGUUCGCUAGCCCGGGGAAAGGCAGGGGACUACGAGCUGUGAAGCACUUUGCUGUCGGAGACCUCGUGUUUGCCUGUCCUGCCUAUUCCUACGUCCUGACCGUCAAUGAAAGAGGAGCGCACUGUGAAUACUGCUUCACCAGGAGGGAAGGCCUCUCCAAAUGUGGAAAGUGUAAACAAGCUUACUACUGUGAGAUCGACUGCCAG